CAGCGGAGUAGAGUCGGGGUGGACGGGGCAUGCCCCCUAUUUACAGCACUAGCUGCCAUAUGUGCAGCUGCCAGAACUGGAAAUGAAGCACAAACUAGAUUUGCAAGUAUGAGCUAAGGGUGUUCUGUACCAUCCUGUUACCUACAUGUAUCCUGCCUAGCUGCGUCUGGGUGAUGCUCGAUCCAAGUGGAAAGUAAAGCUGAACAAAACUACAUGAAAUCCUUUUCAACAAAGGCUGUGGAGUAAGCAGGAGUCAAAGCUCAGCCUAAUCACUUUGGGGGAGUGAGAAAUGACUAUGGACAACUUUACAGAUGUCUGGGCAAAGCUCAAGGAACUACAUGAUCAGGAAGUGCAAGGACUAUAUGCAAAGUUAACUGAAAUAAACAUGGAGCGGUGUCUUGAUGCACAGAGAUUGGAAGAGCUGUUUAGCAAGAAUCAUCAACUGAGGGAACAGCACAAGAUAAUGAACGAAAAUGUCAAGAAUUUGGAAAACAGGUUACGAGCAGGUCUUUGUGACAGAUGUACAGUCACCCAGGAGCUGGCGAGGAAAAAGCAACAGGAAUUUGAAAAUUGUCAACUACAAAGCCUUCAACACAUUUCUGUUCUCACAAAUGAAAUCAAUGGAUUGAAAGAAGAAAACAAAAUGCUUCACCAAGAGCUGAGAAAGCUGAAAUAUCUCUCGGAGAUGAAGCAAAGUCAAGCUUACGGAAGAGGAAGCCGUUCCUUUUCGGACAAUGCUAUACCUUUCGAUUCACCUUUGAAUAACAAAAGGAAACAAAGUUUGGAUAGUGCGUUCAGCUCAAUGGCAGAGCAUCAGAGCCAUAAGCAGGAGUUUAAGCCUCCCACAAAAGAGAGUUCCACUGCCCCUAAAAGAUCCCCCUAUUAUCAUCUGCCUGAGAUGCCGUUAUUUGAUUUGCAUCCCCAAAGAAUAUCUAAUCAGUUGCAUGGAACAAUAGCAGUGGUGUGUGCCGGUGCUGGAGCACGCUGUACAACAGAGAGAGAUGCUGCUGCAUUACAGCCCAGUGUGAAACACCAAGAGCAGAGACAUUAUGAGGAGGUGCAUAAUUGGUCUAAAGAUUGCAGAAGAAAUAGUACAGAGCAGGCAGAGACAACUGGGCAAAAACAUACCAGAGAAGAAAAGGGUCCACCUGGUCUCUGUACAAAGACUGAGGGAAGAGUUGACAGACCACUGGAGAAACCUCUUGAUUUAUCAGAUUACAGUAAAAAUAAGGGACCAUCCUGGCCCACUGACCGAAGUGAGCUGUCCAUACAAUUUGAAUCCAAGAAACCAAGAAUUAAAGAGCCAGCAGAGAAGAAAUACACUCAUGAUAAUUUAGCAAGUGGAAAUUCCCAGGACAAUGCACGCUCUUAUGAAACAGUCGCCAAGGUGAUGAGUGUUGAAACAUCCAGUAAAGAUAAGGAUAAGACACAAGUUGUGUCGAGCCCUAAAGAUGGAUUAGAAUUGAGUGACAAUGAAGACAAAGUGUACAAGAAUUUGAACAUUAAGGCACAAUAUGACAGCAGUUCUAAAUCCAGAGAGCCAGACGUCAAUCCAAGAAUUAGAAUGAAACUACGUACUAAAAGACCCAGGACCAGGAAUAGUGGAAAUCCAAGUGUGGAAGUUCAUCUCCAAUUUUUGAACAUGCAGCCAGAUGCACAUGAUCUCUCUCAAUGUGAGACUGCAGACCUUCAAGAAGUACACGGAAACCAAGGGAUAACAUCGGAAAAUGGGAGGCAUCAAUCCCGAAGCAACAAAGUACAGCCAAAAAAGAAGAAAAAGAAAAGGCUACAGGACUACUGGACAUCUGCUGCAUACAAGAGAGGAAGAAGAAUUAGAAGAUGCAAACCAACACCAUCAGCCCCCACAAAUGCCUCACAAUGCAGUGCAGGAGUCCCAGAAAACAAAACAGCCAAUCUUCCAGAGUUAUUUCCAGGAAGUUCAAACUAAGGAGGAGAUUUAUUACAAAGACUACAAAGCAACAGAGCGGAAGAUUGAAGACUCUCUGUAAAUAGAAGUUAAGACUUCCAACACAUAGAUGACAUUUUUGAGCUGCAGUUCAAUCACACAAACUGACAAUGUAUUUUUUGCAUUACCUGAUCAGCAGUCAACCAAACCCUCUGGUGGAUCAAUAGCUCAUUUAGAAUAUUGAACACUUACAAAUAGGAGUAGAAAUUAGGUUUGCUUCUCAUGAUCAGUUAUGCUACAUACUAAUGAAAUGUCCAGGCAAAAUUAAGAAGCUACAAAGACAGAAUCACAAUAACAUAGGCACUACUUGACCCAGUACUUUGUAUUAAAAGAAACCUGCUGUUUGUAACUGGCAUUUUCUUGUUGAGUUGAGGAAUGACUUAAUCACUGAGGAAAUGGAGCACUUCCAGUUUGAUACCCUGUAUUGAUUGUGUUUACAGUCGAGAUACAGACUAAGACUUUCUCUACUCUAUCCCAACAAUAUGCCUUAACCUUAACCUCUUAUAGUUCCUGCUGUCAUAAAUUCUUCCAUUUCCUAAUACCAGCUAUUCCUACAGCCCCUCCAAAUGAGAUUACCAAUUUAAUGCCAAAUUAAUAACAUGUAAGGUAUGUAAGAUAACGUACCAGGAACUGGAAUGAUUUUCCCUAAAUUCAUUUCACUUAACCUUACUAAUAUCAGGGGGAGAAAAUCUUAAGACUAUCAUUCACUAUUGUACAAGUGUUAUUUUACUUGCGAAUUCCUCCUUGUCUUGUGUCUUUCAAAUGGAUCACUUCUCUUGAGGUGAACAGUUGAUAAAACCCCCUUUCAGAUGUUUCUCUCUGACUUUUCCUCCUGAUCACAAAUGGAAACCCUUCACCUCCACUAUCUCGUUGCUAGACAGGUCAGCCUGAGUUUAUGUGCAUGUGCUCUAUCACUCUCUGGCAUAGUAUCCUCGCACACUAAAUCAUUCUGUCAACAAUUGCAUGACUUAUUCAAUUCUACCUACAUUCCUCUCAAUCUCUGACUUACUUUCAUAAGUAUUCCAAAAAGAGCAUCACAAUUUAUCUCAGAAUAUGGAGCUGCAUAACUCAUUGUAACUUUUCAAAGAACAGAAAUGCUGGCAUUGUUUCUUUCUCUGGGGAUAUUCAUUGCAGAAGCUUGCAUUUAAUAGGUGAGGUUUGAACAGAAACAGAAAGCACAAAAAAAGUCUACAUAUGUACCCUGUCUUCAUCCACAUUCCUGUUUAGUAAGAUGGUGAUAUUUUUAAGAUGUGUUUUCAGUUUUGUAACAUUUCAAAUGCUAAGGGAAUCAAUAAAUGAAGCAAUUUCUACUCGGGCCUAGAGUGGUAUUAGUGCCAACUGUUCCUGGCACAUCAAAUCUGCGCACAGCUCCAACCUCAGUGUAAACAUGUUUGAUUCAUGUUGGAAACAGGAUCUGUUUUUCCGAUGUUUCCAAUGGUUGGGCAACAUUACGUUGAGGUUGGUGCUCAGUCCAUAAACCCAAGCUCUGAAAACUGAUGGUAAUAGCAUGCCUUUAAAACCAGUAUAAAAGCAGCUUUUAAAUUAAUUCCAUGCUAAUAAAGCAUCCGGUUUUGGUUUGACGCCUGCAAAGGGAAUUUUAAGGGGAUAGUGUCAUUAAAACCUUUAUUUGUGUGGGUUCGGGCAGUUAAAGGCUGCAUUUAAAGUAGUAGCUGCAGAGUAGUUUAGA